UGCAAAACGACGGACAGGAAGCCAAGCGGGUCCGCCAUGCUCAGCUGUGGGGCGCUACCUGACAGUGGGAACAGAAAUAGGGAGAAUCUGACAGCUCCCUCCCAUUCCCUCGAAGGACCGAAAUGAGGAGAUCGCCAAUGAGACAUGGAUCUCAUAGAUGAGAUCUGUCACAUCCUGAACUUCUCUCUCCCUUUUCGUCUAUCUGAAUCUCCCAAAUACUUUUGAUCCCCACCUAAUCCCUUCGUGCCUCGGUCCAAUCACCCUGAUGCGCAUCUUACUUCAGCCUGUGGUCUUGCGCGGUGGUCCUGUCUAACCCCACGAUGGAACUCAUGCCUCGCGACUGGGACAGGGGCACUACUACUAUCCAUAGUCCAACCCAAAGUCAGCAGCAACAGCAGCAGCAGCAGCAGCAUCAUCCUUCUCCGGCUAGAAUGUACAGCGACACACACCCGAGUGGUGUCCCCCACGCCGGGGGUCAUGGCUCGUAUGGCAUGGCUGGCAAUGUCUCCAUGCCGGAGAGCCUCACGCUGCCCCCGAGUCCUUCCCCAGCGGCCUCUCCCGCCGCCGCAAACCACUCCGCACAAGAUCCACCAUGGUCUCAAAGGGUGCUGGACGACAUGAGCGACAUGCUCCUGCUACUCACGCGCGACGGUCGGGUCCUAUACGCCUCCUCCUCAUCCAUUGACGUCGCCGGAUGUGAGCCCUCCCGGCUACAAGGCAGCCCGCUGUCGCUCUUCAUUCACGACGACGACCGCGAAAUGUUCGCCCGCGAGCUCCAACAGUGCAUUGCGGAAUCUCGUCCCUUCCACUGCUAUUUCCGCUUUCACCGGGCGGACAACAAGCCCUGCGUCGUCGAGGGCUGCGGGCAUCCACAUCUGAGCCACCCCGUGGACUCCCGCUCCCAACCGGAGACCUGCAAUGGCGUCUUUCUCAUUUGUCGACCCUAUCCCACGCGCAGCACGCAACUCCUCGACGCAUUUCUUGAACACAAGAUCGAGAAUAUCCGCUUGCACCAGCGCGUCGCGCAGCUUAAGCAAGAGGAAGAGGAGGACUUGCGCGCGGCACAGCAGCAACAACAACAACAGCUAUGGUCCUCUGGCAACGACACCAGUAGCAGUCCACAUUCACAACCCUCCACCCAGCUACCAGCCCCCCAACCCCACCCAAGAAGGAGAUCCCUUCGCAAUUCCGGCCGCGAAGCGACGGGAUCCAACUCCAACGAAGACGCCGAAUCAUCAGACACACAAGGAAGCGCAGACGACGACUCCGACUCCGACCAACGCACGCUGCUGUCGCAGGCCGCAGCGCGCAAAGAGCACGCCGAGAACAUGGCCCACAUCGAUGGCGUGGAGGUCAUGACGGGUCUGUACUACCGAAACGGGGAGUGGUCGCAGGGUCUGAGUACGGGCUUGCACAGCGGACGACUCUUGCAGGACGAUUUGGACCCUGACCGGCGGAAGCGCUCCAAGGGCGAGUACAUGUGCACUGACUGCGGCACGUCUGACUCGCCGGAGUGGCGGAGGGGACCUGAGGGUCCGAAGACGCUGUGUAAUGCGUGUGGGUGUAUGUUCCUUCUUUCCUUCUUUCCUUCUUUCCUUCUUUCCUUCUUUCCUUCUUUCCUUCUUUCCUUCUUUCCUUCUUUCCUUCUUCGCUCCUUCCUUUAUCAUUCCUUCCUUCUUCCUACAUUUGUUCCCAGAACACUAGCUAACCAAAACAAUCACAGUACGCUGGGCAAAAAGGGAAAAGAGACGACAAGACAGCUAACCCCUCCUAUCUAUACUCUCUGAUGCAUAUGUAUAUGUAUACCUAUGUAUACCACACCACGCUUCAG